CACUUCAAAGGCGCGUAAAUGGUUGACCGAUAAACUACACAAUUUGAAAGGCGUGUUUUGUUGAUGAUCUUACGAAAGGACGGCUUCUAAUCGUCGUUUUAAAAAUGUCGAAUUCAAAGGGUAUGGAGGGGUACGUUGGAUUUGCUAAUCUMCCCAAUCAAGUCUUCCGUAAAAGUGUWAAAAAAGGCUUUGAAUUCACYGUUAUGGUAGUUGGGGAAUCUGGACUUGGAAAAUCAACAUUAUUAAACUCAUUAUUUCUAACGGAUCUCUAUACUCCCUCAUCUUACCCAAGUACCAAAGAAAAGUUGAAUAAAACUGUUGAGGUUAAGCCUUGCACAGUUGAGCUCAAGGAAGGGAGUGUACGUUUAAGAUUAACAGUGGUCGAUACGCCAGGAUUUGGUGAUGCAGUCGAUAAUAGUGACUGUUGGAAGCCAAUCAUACAGCAUAUUGAUAAUAAAUUUGAAGAAUAUUUAUCGGAGGAGUCCAAAGUGCACAGGCAACCAUUUCCAGAUAAUCGAGUUCAUUGUUGYCUGUACUUUAUUGCACCGACUGGACACUGCUUAAAACCUCUUGAUAUAGAGUUUAUGAAGAAACUUCACAACAAGGUCAAUAUAGUUCCAGUCAUUGCUAAAUCUGAUACCAUGACACAAGAAGAAUGUACAAGAUUUAAAAARCAGAUCUUAGAAGAAAUCAAAGAAAAUGAAAUAGGAAUCUAUGACUUCCCUGAUCUAGCAGUAGACGAUGAAAAUGAUCAGGAUGGCUUCACCAUGAGAGAUAGAAUACCAUUUGCAGUAGUUGGGAGUAAUACUGUACUUGAAGUCAAUGGCAAAAGAGUAAGAGCAAGGGUAUAUCCUUGGGGAGUUGCAGAAGUGGAGAAUGUUGAUCAUUGUGACUUUGUUGCUCUUCGUAACAUGCUGAUAAGAACACACAUGCAGGAUCUAAAAGAUGUCACUAAUGACAUUCACUACGAGAACUUCAGGUGUGAGAAGCUUGCUGGAAUGCAACUGGGCUCGCCAACAAACAGCUCUACAAGUGCAUCACUAUCUAGAAGUCCACURGAGCAACUGGAACUGGAAAAGGAAGAACAUGAAAAGAAACUUAAAAAAAUGGAACAAGAAAUGGAACAAGUGUUUGAAAUCAAAGUCAAAGAAAAGAAAAAGAAACUUAAAGAUUCCGAAGAAGAGCUUGGGAGAAAACAUGAACAAAUGAGAAAGCAGUUGGAUUUACAGCUCAAAGAGCUGGAAGAAAARAGAAAAUUGUUCGAAAAAGAAAAGAAAGAAUUUGAAAACAAACAAGCUGAAAAUAAGAAAGCAUUAGAAAGAUCAGACUCRUCGUCCAAAUCACUGAAAGGUCUCCUGCUUUGUAGUUCUGAAGGUUUGAAUGGACCUAACGCCUCCCCACAAAAGGUUUUGCAGAGAACAUUCUGCUUGCCUGGGAUUAAAAGCCACUUUUAAAGCCGUGUAAAACGAGAUCUGUUGAUGGAAUUGUCAAAGAGAAAAAGGACAAGAAAAAGAAGGGAUUCUUUUAAUUUUCUGUUAAAUUUUAUUAUAAAAUAUCUAAGUGAUCCUGGUCGUUCCUAUYCUCAGGUCACGUUACUCUGAUUGGAUAUGACUGACACCUGUCAUUCGAGGCAUCGGUUUUGCAUGCAUUUCAAUCGAUACACAGAAAGGUCCAGAUCGGACUACAGAACGCAAUCGUAAGCACAGCGAAGCACUUCUUACGACUGUUGUUGUUGAUACGUUUCUGUCUCAAACACGUAUGGUUUCCACUUUCAGCCAAUCACAUAUGUCAAUCUAGUGACGUUCUUGUGGUCAAGAUCAUCCACAAUUGUGAUUUUUUUCUGUGCGGUUUUAUCGCGAUUCUUUAUAUAAUAGCCUCUAAUCUUAUGAGACGACACGUCWUAAAAUCAUUCAAUAGUUUAUGAAGCUGUUUUAAAAAGGAGAGCAAUCGUUUUAGCAAGAAUUUCCAGUAAAAAGUAGAAAAAAUCGCGUCCUGGGUGAGCUCUCAAAUGUUCAGCGACGCCAUUUUUUGGAACAAAGCAUGAUGGUAGGCGUAUCUCGCUCGUUUUGAUGUUCUUCAUGUUCUGAAAUAAUCUAAUUUUAUCAGCGUUUUCUUUUAAGAAACGACGCAAAUAAAAUUCUUAAUUGCUUAAAACAAAACAGUCUACUUUAGUAGACAUUGAUACGURCAAGGACUACGUUUCMUUGGAUGCUUUGUUGUUGAAAAUAGGGUCGUUGCACGUUGCGUAGCUUCCAUCACACGAAGCUAAGAAAGYWUUCAGUCUUACAUUGAACGUCAGUUGGUUCCUUAAAAAAAUCAGUUUUACUUACUUAAAAUAUAAUAAACAGUUCCAAAUUUCAAAAGAAUAUAUAUCUGAGUCGUCUCAAAGUAAAAAAAAACUAGAGACGCAAUUGAGUUUUCAUUAUAUUCGUCUAUUUACUUCGAUAUCACGAGUCACUUUGCGUAGAAAAUUAUUAUAGAGAGAUUCAUCAUAAACAACUCAGACYGGCCGAUGUCCGCCUUUAAUUAAUUUAUGUACAAAAUUUAGGACAUUUAACUAUUAAAUUAUAAUUUUUAAUGUU